CUCUCAUAAUCAAACUGUUUAUGAACUGAACUGGUUGUGUUGGAUUUUUCACUUCAAACAGGAUUAGCAACUUUUGCUGUCAGAAGUGAAAGCAUUUCCUGUGUUUUACGAUGUGCCAUUUUAUAUCAGGACAUAAUCAUUUAUUUAAAUCAGAAGAAACAGGCAUCAAAGUGUUUAAUGGUAAUAUUGGUAAUAUCUAGUUGCCUCUAUACAGGAAUUUAGGUGGUGAGAACACAACACACAUUUUGGGAGCCUAAGGUAAACUACAGUAAUAUUUUGAUGAAGGUGAGUGUGCAUCAGCUCCAUGAAAACAAAAUGAAUCAUGGAGGACCAGGACACAUUCAGUGAUGGAGAUAUUUCUACAGGACAUAGGCAGAGAUCAAAAUCAUCAGAGUUCAGCUGUGUGUCUGUGAAGAGUAAUCAGUCAAUGGAUGGGCCAAUAGAAUUUAAGGGAAGACACACAUCAACUGAUCUGAGUCAAAGCCACAGGGAGAAAUCAAUCUCCUCAGAGUCCAGCUGUGUGUCUAUGGAGGGUGACAGUUCUUUGGACAGUCCAGUAAAAUGUAAGGGAAGAGACACUUCAACUGAUCUGAGUCAUGACUCUCAACUGGUUCAGAGCAAUUUCAAAUCAAAUCUGCUGAAGAAGUUCCAGUGUCUGUAUGAAGGAACAGCAAAGCAGGGAAACCCAACACUCCUGAAUGAGAUCUACACAGAGCUCUACAUUACAGAGAGCGAAAGUGGAGAGAUCAAUAAUGAGCAUGAGGUGAGACAGAUUGAGACACAAUCCAGGAGAACAGCAACAGAGUACAAACCAAUCAAAUGCAAUGACAUCUUUAGACCUUUGGCUGGACAAGACAAAGCCAUCAGAACUGUGCUGACAAAGGGAGUCGCUGGCAUUGGCAAAACAGUCUCUGUGCAGAAGUUCAUUGUGGACUGGGCUGAAGGAAAAGAGAAUCAAGACCUCCAGCUCAUAUUUCCACUUCCUUUCAGAGAGCUCAACUUGAUGAAGGACAAAACACUCAGUCUUUUGAAUCUUCUUCAUGACUUUUUCCUUGAAACCAAAGAAAUAGAAAUAUCCAGUGAUGAAAAUAAAGUGUUGUUCAUCUUUGAUGGCCUGGAUGAGUGUCGUCUGUCUCUGGAUUUUCAGAGUUGUGUGAGGUUGAGUGAUGUAAGUGAAUUAGCCUCAGUGGACGUGCUGCUGAUGAACCUCAUUUUGGGGAAUCUGCUUCCCUCUGCUCUCAUCUGGAUCACCUCCAGACCAGCAGCAGCUGAUCUCAUUCCCUCUGAGUGUGUCCAUCGAGUGACAGAGGUACGAGGCUUCAGUGAUCCACAGAAGGAGGAAUACUUCAGGAAGAGAAUCAGUGAUCAGAAUCUGGCCAAUACAGUCAUCACACACCUGAAGUCAUCAAGGAGUCUCCACAUCAUGUGCCACAUCCCAGUGUUCUGCUGGAUCUCAGCCACUGUUCUAGAGAAGAUGUUGAAUGAAGCAGAGAGUGGAGAGAUUCCCAAGACUCUCACUCAAAUGUACACACACUUCCUGAUCAUUCAAACCAACAUCAAACACGAGAAAGACUAUGAGAGGAAAGUCAAAGAUGAAAAUAUUGGUAAACUGGGCAAACUGGCUUUUGAGCAGCUUGUGAAAGGCAACCUGAUCUUCUAUGAGGAAGACCUGAGAGAGUCUGGCAUUGAUGUGACAGAAGCAUCAGUGUACUCCGGAUUGUGCACUCAGAUCUUCAGAGAGGAGUUUGGUUUGUUUCAGGGGAAAUUUUUCUGCUUUGUUCAUCUGAGCAUCCAGGAACAUCUAGCAGCUCUAUAUGCACACCUCUCCUUUACAGACAAGAACAGAAAUGUGUUUGACCAAACCAAACAAAGUGUCCUCUCUAUAUUUUUUAAAUGGAUGAGUUCAUUAUCUGGUCUGCAUCAGAGUGCUGUGGAUGAAGCUUUACAGAGUAAGAAUGGGCAUCUGGAUCUUUUCCUGCGUUUUCUUCUGGGUCUCUCAUUGGAGUCCAAUCAGAUUCUCUUACAAGAACUACUGACACACACAGGACGCUAUUCCUACAACAAAGAGAAAACUGUUCAGUACAUCAAGCAGAAGAUCAAAGAGAAUCGCUCUCCAGAGAGAUCCAUCAAUCUUUUCCACUGUCUGAAAGAACUGGGUGAUGAUUCCCUGAUGCAGGAGAUCCAAGAUUAUCUGAAAUCUGGACAAAUACGAGAAACCAAACUCUCUUCUUCACAGUGGUCAGCUCUGGUUUAUGUGUUACUGACAUCAGAUCAGCAGAUGGAUGUUUUUGAUCUAAAACAGUUUAUUGGAGCACAAAAUACAGCAGAUGAAGUUCUUCAGAAGCUGCUGCCUGUGGUUAAAGAAUCCAGAUCAGUUCUGUUGAGUGAUUGUGGUGUCACAGAUAAAGGUUGUGCUGCUCUGGCUUCAGCUCUGAGAUUAAACCCCUCACACCUGAGAGAACUGGAUCUGUUUGGAAAUAAACUAGGAGCGUUAGCAGUGAAUCUGCUCUCUGAUCUACUGAAGGAUCCUCACUGUACACUGGAAAAACUGAAGUUGAGGGAUUGCGGUGUGGAAUAUAAAGGUUGUUCUGCUCUGGCUUCAGCUCUGAGAUCAAACCCCUCACACCUGAAACAACUGGAUCUGUCUGGAAAUAAGUUAAGAUCAUCAACAAUGAGUCUGCUCUCUGAUCUGCUGAAGGAUCCUCACUGUAAACUGGAGACACUGUGGUUGAAAAACUGUGGUGUCACGUAUGAAGGUUGUGCUGCUCUGGCUUCAGCUCUGAGAUCAAACCCCUCACACCUGAGACAACUGGACCUUUCUGGAAAUAAACUAAGAGGCUCAGAUGUGAAGCUGCUCUCUGAUCUGAAGGAUGAUCCACAUUAUAAACUGAAGACACUUAAGUUUUAGAUGUUAGUCUGACCUUUUCUGGAUCAGGUGAUGGUGAAUAAAGAGGAUUCACAUUCAACAGAAUCAACAGACACAAAUCCAUUGUGAUCAUCACACACGAAUGUGUUUGUGUAACUUUCCAGAAUAAUCCGAUUCUUGAUCUAAAUAGAGACAAGGAAACCAUUUCUUUCUUCUUCAGAAGGGACUUUUUUGUCUUCUGUUCAGUCAAUAAUCCAAUAAUCCAAAAGAUCUUUUACAUUUAUUUGAAAUGUAUACCUUUCAGUAAUUAAUUAAUUGAAUCCGUGAAGUAUGAAAUAGCACAGUCUGUGCUCUGAAUGUGAUGUUUUACCUUAUUGGCCACAGUUUGGAUUUUUUAGCUUAUUUCUGAAUGAUCUGUAAGCGCAAGUUCAGGCCACAGACCUGAGAGAAACCAUCCAGCUCAGAGGAACUCUGACAGUGAUGAGUCUAUGGAAAACAGACAUAUGAAAUCACAUUUUACACAUUAGUUACUGCAUUCUGUCAGGUGCAAGUAAAUGUGUCAGACACUUAUGUGUGCAGAAUGAAGAAUGACUGUUCAAGAAUAAAGUAUAGCCUGUAAAAUUCUAACAUUUGUAAAGUGUACUGUAAUAGGAAGUUUAAUCCAAAAUUGGCAAUGAUCAACAAAUUGCUUUCCUGAAGGUCAAUUUCUGAUGUCUGUAAUCUGAUCCAGUAUGCGCUGCUGUGGUUCUGUAGCAAGAGGCUUUUUAUAUGUAGUUUUGUGGCAAGCUGGUGUUUUAAGGUCUGAAAUUGAGCAAGUACAUUUUUGGAGCACUCAAAUUGAAAUUUAUUGAAAAAUAAAAGUGUAAUUGUAGCAGGAGCAAAAGAUUAGGCAUUCUUUCAGCCAAUACUUGGUAUACCAUCACUUUUCCAGAAA